AUGUCUUCCGCUGAAAGCAUCCCGCAUCAUCCCCUUAUAAACACGGCUCUCCUCCUUAUCGACAUCCAGGAAGGCUUAAACCACCCAACGUACUGGGGCCUCAACCGCUCCAAUCCGGCCUUCGAGUCCAACAUUGUUAAACUUCUCGACGCCUUCCGCGCUGCGCAACCCGAAAGCCCAAACAUAUUCCAUGUCUGUCACCACUCCGUGCUCCCUAGCUCUCCUCUCCACCCCUCUACUCCAGGUGUCAAUUUCAUGAGUUGCGCCAUGCCUAAGGGAAAUGAACCCGUUUACUCCAAGACUGUAAACAAUCCCUUUGUGGAGACGUGUUUAGCAGAGGAUUUAGAGAAGAAAGGCAUUAAAACGCUCUAUAUAUGUGGGCUUACAACGAAUCAUUGUGUGGAUACGACAGUGCGUAUGGCAAGUAAUCAACAUGUCGUGGGUAAUUAUGAGGGUAAUCGAGACGGGGGACGAUUGGUGCUGAUAGGGGAUGCGACGGCGGCUUUUGAUGGGAAAGGAGUAUUUGAUGCUGAUACAAUUAUGAAUGUCCAUGUGGAGAGUUUGAAGGGUGAGUUUUGCGAGGUUUUGGGAACAAACGAGGUCGUAGAUUGCUUGGAGAGGCUGGCGAAGGAAAUUUAA